CUAACUCUACGUAAACUUAAAAGAAUUCAAUAAAAUUACAAAAUCAUAGAUUCUAAACAAUUUCUCAUCGUCCCCAAAAGCUUAGACCCUUAGACCCUUAGAUUGGGGGAAUCAAAGUCGUCUUCACCCGAAGAGUAGAUCGUCUCAUCGUCCCCAAAAGCUUCACUUCUUCUGAACCCCAUUCUCCAUCAUUCUUUUUUAACUCUGCAACUGGCAAAAACCUGCGAUCUUCCCAUAAAUUGGAUCUGAAUGGGCAGCUUUUCAUCCGUUGCCUCCAAAAACUGCGCUAGCUGUGGUGGUGUGAGGAAUUCGGGCUCUGAGGAUUUGGCUCAGUAUUUCCCUAUUAGACCCGAAUGCCAAGCUAAUGUUCCCAAGAUCCGCUUCAAAACUAGGGCAGGGAAAACCCUUAGUCCGAGAAGAUGGAAUGCUGCAUUCUCUCCAGAUGGGAAAUUGGAUAUAGCAGCCGUUCUUAGAAGGAUCCAACGAGGGGGCAUUCACCCUUCUAUUAAAGGGGCAGUUUGGGAGUUCUUGUUGGGCUGCUUUGAUCCCAAUAGCACUUUCGAGGAGAGAAAUGAGGCAAGACGGAGGAGGAGGGAGCAGUAUGCUGCAUGGAAGACCGAGUGUCAGAACAUAGAACCAACCAUUGGCAGUGGGAAAGUAAUGACAGCUGCUGUAAUCACUGAAGAUGGCCAACACUCUGAAAAUGGUAAUAGAACUAAAAAUGGUUCUUUGGAUAAGGAAGUGGUCCAAUGGAAGCUUCUCUUACAUCAAAUUGGUCUUGAUGUGGUUCGCACCGACCGUGCUCUUGUUUUUUAUGAGAAUGAAGCUAAUAGAGCAAGACAGUUUGAUAUCCUUGCCAUAUAUGCUUGGAUGGAUAAAGAUAUUGGGUAUGUCCAAGGAAUGAGCGAUAUCUGCUCUCCAAUGGUUAUUCUUGUUGAAAAUGAAGCCGAUGCGUUCUGGUGCUUUGAGCAUGCGAUGAGAAGAAUGCGAGAAAAUUUCAAGUGCAGUGCAAGUUCAAUGGGAGUACAAUCUCAGCUAAGUACGCUUUCACUCAUUGUUAAUACCGUCGACCCAAAGCUUCACAAACACAUCGAGGAAUUGGAUGGCGGAGGGUAUCUGUUUGCCGUCCGUAUGCUCAUGGCUCUCUUCCGCAGAGAGUUGUCCUUUGUCGAUUCGUUGUACCUUUGGGAGGUCAUGUGGGCAAUGGAAUAUAACCCUAAUACAUAUUUGUCAUAUACGGACUCACGCGAAGAGGAUAAAAACGUGAAGUUAAGCAGCAAAGAGCUGAAGCAGUAUGGUAAAUUUGAGAGGAAACGUGUGAAAAGUGGUCGCGCAACCGACCGGAGAAGAACAAACGAUCUUAGUGUUUUCGUUGUUGCGGGUGUUCUUGAGACUAAGCACAAACAGCUCAUGAAGGAGGCCAGGGGUAUUGAUGAUGUCAUCAAUAUAUUGGGGGAAGUAACUGGGAAUUUGGAUGCAAAGUUAGCAUUGAAGGAAGCUUUGAAAGUUUAUGAGAAAUAUAUGAGGAGGAAGGCCAAACAACAAUAAUAAUAGUCUUCCAAGUUUCAAGGAAGGUUUAAGCAACUUGGUUUCUUCACUAUAUCUUGUGAUGAUUAUUUCAUUACACACUUGCAUUUUUCUUCUUCAGUUUUUGGUCUAUAAUUACAUGAUACAAGUUGUAUAACAAUAAACCAAAAAGUAUCCAUAUGCCUUCUAACCAUUUUGAAACUUGCUUAUAGUGACUUAUAAACAGAGUGACAAGUGUCUUGAAGAUUUUGGUUUUACAAUAUGAUGAUAAAUCCCACAUUUCUUGGGGAGGGAGGGAUAUAUAACCCGCCACCACCUAAUGCCCGUG